AUGUCGAGCGGCAGUACGAGCAACAGCCGCAGCGCCGGCGACCGGCAGCCAAUGGCCAAACGCUUCACCAAAGCGACGCGUCGACGCGGCAACAGCCAAAGCGACGCGCAAAGUGCGCCGUCGGCCGCUGCCGCCCACUUCCCCUACGCCCCCGCGACGGCGCACACGUCGCACGCCAAUCCCCUGAGCAGCAGCAGCAGCAGCGCCGCCAGCGGUCCGCUCUGCGCCACGCGCAACACGAUCAGCUUUGGCAAACCGCUCGGCGCCGCCGCUUCGCUGCUGGUGUCGCCGCCCGCGUCGGGUACAGCGCUUGUGAAGGGGCACACGGGUCUCCUACCACCAGUAGCAGCAGCAGCAGCAGCGGCCGCCGCUACGAAAGACGACGGCGCGACGGCGUUUGUCUCGAGCAAAACGGGUUUCCUCACGAAACGCGCCAUGUCGAGUAUGGACGCGUUCGCCAAUUGGAAGGAGCGGUUCUUCGUGCUGGCCGAAGGGCACUUGUCGUACUACAAACAGGGCGGCGGGUUCUUCAACACGGGCAAAGACGACAUUGUGCACCUGAAGGGCGAACUCGAGCUCACGCCCGACACGCUCGUGCGCAAGAGCUCGAUCGACGACAAGGCCAACUGCUUUGAGGUGGUUACGCCCACGAAGAAGAUGUUUUGCCAGGCCAGUACGGCCAAAGAGAUGGAGGACUGGGUUAAGUCGGUGCGCGCGCACAUCCAGGCGCUCAAGAAGAGUCAGAUGCGCGGCAGUUUCCAAGACGCCGCAACGGCCGCGCUGGCGGCCUCGGGCGGGCCCGGUAACGUCAGCGCGGGCAGUCUGGCCGCGGCGAUGGCGGUGCAGACGCCAGGCAUUGAGACGGACUACUCGCGGCCGAGUAUGCUCGAAGACCACGAGAUUGUGCGGGGCGCCGACAAGUCGUCGGACCCAAAGGACGUGGUGAUCAAGCAGCUACUGGAAGAAAACCGCUUGUUGCGCGAACAAUUGACGUUGAAAGACUCGGUGAUUUACGAGCUCGAGGUCAAUGGCGGGCGGUCUGUUGACGCGCCGUCUGCUGGCGCACGGAAGAUGCGGUCGACUGCGCCGCAGAUGAUUUUGGAUUUGAGAGACGUGAAGAAGAAACAGUUUCAGCUCUUUGAUGCGGCCGAAGUGGGCAAUCAGCACUUGAUUGCGACCUUGCUGCGCGACAACGUGGUGGACGUGAAUGGCGUGGGCAUCAAUCAGACGUCAGCGCUGCAUCUUGCAGUGCGUAACAACCAUUCGAAUGCAGUGAAGGAGCUGUUGGCGCGCGGUGCGGAUCCAUCUGCACGCACGGGAGACAGCUACACGGCGCUGCACAUUGCGGUCCAGGCUGGCAAUGUUGAAUGCGUGAAGGAAAUUCUAGAUGCAGGAGUCGACCCCAACGUGACGGACUAUCAAGGCAAUGCAGCCAUCCACAUGGCGGCCGAAUCGGGCGAUAUCUCUGCCGCCAAGUUGUUAGUGGCUCGAGGUGCACGCAUUGAUGCGCCGAACGCUAGCGGCAGUCUUCCGGUCCACCUGUCGCCAAUUGGCCACCCGAUCCGAGUGCUACUAGGCAGCGGCUCGAACUUGGCAGCUACCAAUCCAUCUCAGCCGCCAAAGCCUCAUGGCGAAAUAGCUGCUCGCGAGGGCAAUGCGACUCAGGUCGGUCACUUGGCGUUCAAGAACAAGUAUCAGAAGGACCUUGCUCUGGGUCCUCGGGAUUUCGAAUUUGUCAAAGUUCUUGGUCGUGGUGCAUUUGCCAAGGUGUACUUGGUGCGUGGUAAGGGCUCGAACCGGGAUAAGUGGUAUGCACUGAAGGCGUACAACAAGCAGGCCAUUGUGCAAAAGAAUCAGGCCCAGUAUAUUCAUACAGAGAAGGCGGCGCUGCAGGCGUGCUCAGAUCACCCGUACAUCGUGACGCUGUACUUUGCGUUCCAGUCGCAGGACCGCCUGUUUUUGGUCAUGGAGUACUGUGGUGGUGGCGAUUUGCUCUCGGCGUUGACGCGACGGAAGGCAUUUACCGAGAGCGAGGCUGCUUUUUACAUUGGUGAAAUCGCGCUCGCAUUGUCGCACCUGCACUCAAAGAAUAUUGUUUUCCGUGAUCUCAAACCUGAGAACGUAGUCAUGGACCUGGAUGGACAUUGCUUGUUGACUGACUUUGGUAUCUCCAAAGAAGGCAUAAAGGAUCACACGUCCGCGAAUACUUUCUGUGGCUCUCCCAUGUACCUUGCACCUGAGAUGUUGUCACGUUCUGGCCACGGUUUUGCUUUGGAUUGGUACUCGGUGGGUGCCCUGCUAUUCGAGCUGCUGACGGGUCUGCCACCGUUUUACACAAACGACAAGAAGCAGCUCUUUCACAACAUUCUCCGCGGCCACCUCGUGAUUCCGGAAUACUUGUCACCAAACGCGCGCGAUCUGAUCCAGCGAUUGCUGCACCGUGACCCGAAGCAGCGACUGGGCUCUGGUCCGACAGGUGACCGGGAGAUCUUUAACCACCAGUUUUUCUCAAGCGUCAACUGGGAGAAACUCAUGGCGCGUGAGCUGCCGCCACCCUUCCAGCCUAAGAUCACCAAGGAUCCGUCAGGAGUGCCGGACACAUCGAACUUUCCGCAGGCAUUUACGGACCAAGAGAUUUCAGAGAUGGAACGUGGAUUUGACUUCAUGGACCCGGGCGCAGCCCAGGUGCAGCGCCCCAAUCCCAACGGCCACAAGGAUGACAAGCGCUUGUUCAAAGACUUUGACUUUACGCCAGAGCUGCAGCUGGACAAUGAGGCGAAACAAUUUGAGCAGCUCGCUCUGCAGCAGAACAGUUUCAAGAACUUGGCGCCGCCGGCUCUACUCGAAACGGAUGAGUACAGCAUUUAG